CCUCUCCUCUGACUAAAUGCUAAAGUCUUUUUUGUCAAAAGUGAUGAGAAGAACAAGAAAACUCAGAAGGAAACGACAAAUGUCAAAAGGAGACGUUGAAAGCGGCGAUGAUGAAGUCAGUGAAGAGGAGCUCCUUUCAAGAAGUUCCAUACGUAAGAACGAUUACAAUUUGGAUGAGAUUGAAGACGAUGCAGAGAGCAUCGAACUGAACCAUACUCGCGCCGAUCAUAUCCCUGAUCUUUCAAGAUUUAAGCAGUUGAAGGAGUUGAUAUUACGUACCAACUUACUCCAUUCCAUAGGCCCCAAUCUCCUGCAACUCACCACUUUGACGGAACUCGACCUUUAUGAGAAUCAGAUUGAAGCCAUUCAGAACUUGGAUACACUUGUAAACCUCGAAAAACUCGAUCUCAGUUUCAAUAGAGUACGGGCAUUGGAAGGUCUUUCGAAUUUGAAGAAGUUGACACACUUGUAUCUAGUUCACAACAAGAUACCGGAAAUCAAAGGGCUUGAGUCUCUCAGUGAAUUGAAGUUACUGGAGUUAGGUGAUAACAGGAUAAAGAAGAUUGAGAAUAUUGCCCAUCUAGUGAAACUGGAGGAGCUUUACUUGGGUAAGAAUAAGAUUACGAAGAUUGAAGGACUUAAUACCCUCACGCAUUUGAGACUUCUCAGCCUUCCUGCGAAUCGCUUGACUAAAGUUGAAAAUCUGGAAGCACUGACUAAUCUAGAGGAAAUUUAUUUGAGUGAUCAAGGAUUAGACGAUAUUACUCACCUUGCUGUCUUGAAGAAUUUGAAAACAGUUGAUGUGUCAAACAACAAUUUGUCUUCUUUUGAUGGUGUUUCCGAAUUAAAACAGCUGAGUGAUUUUUGGGCGAACGACAAUCGCAUCUCAAACUGGGCUGAAGUGGACAAACUCCGGGGCUUGGAGAAGCUAGACACCGUAUACCUCGAGCGUAAUCCCAUCUACAAUGAUGACCUCACUGGUUAUCGCAGGAAGGUGAUGCUUGCAUUGGAGCAGGUGAAACAAAUUGAUGCAACUAUGUGCCGUGGAACUAUGUAAUCAAGCCUUACAUUUCGAAAUAUUAAGUAUUCUUAUGCAUUGUCAAGUAUAAUUAUUCUGCAUGCUGCUAGCUAUAUUCACUUCUUCUUUUUGAUGGUAAGAUCUUGAAUUUCCUCGUCCUUUCAACGCGUAUUUGCAUUGAAUAUCCUCAUACCGUCUACUUUAAUUGAUUUACCUAGUUUAUGAUCAAGUCCGGUUUU